CGCUGUAAACAUGGGCAGUAAUGAUUACAUUAACAACUAUUUAAUGCCACAGUUUUACCCAUCUAGUCGUUUAUACACACCAGACAGGUUUGCAGAAAUCUUGAUUCAGAAAUUCUCCGGACAGCUAAGGACCUUGUACAACACUGGAGUAAGAAAAGUAGCAGUAUUCGGGAUUGGUUUACUAGGUUGCCUUCCUCAAGAGUUGGGCAUUUAUCCUACCAAUGGAUCAUCAUGCGUCGAUUUCAUCAACAACUACGUCCAGUUAUUCAACAACAGGCUGAAGCCCCUCAUCGAUAACCUCAACAGCAAUCUACCAAAUGCUCAGUUUAUCUAUAUCAACAUCACCAGCAUUUCAUCAGGAGAUCCUUCAGUUAUUGGAAUUAGAGUUGGGAACGCUCCGUGCUGCGUGGUAUCGAGGAGAACGGGGCAGUGUGCUCCAAACCAAGUUCCAUGCAGUAACAGGAAUGAGUAUGCUUUUUGGGAUAACUUUCAUCCUACGGAGAUUUUGAAUCUUGGGACGGCUUCAAGAGCAUACAACGCCACGGUACCGUCCGACGCCUAUCCGGUUGAUAUUCGACGUCUCGUUCAGCAACAGAACUAAUUUUACAUUAUAUGAUCCAUCAUAUAUAUACAAAAACCAGACCCAAUUUUCAUGU